AUGGCAUCUUUUCACACUCAUCAUCACCAUCUUCCAAAGGCGGACUUCCGGAGGCUCUUUCACCGGCUCACCGUCGCGUCCACUUUGAGCAUCCUCUGUUUCUCCCUGGUCUACCUACUCACCGGGUGCUGCCAGUCCGGGCUGGUCGAGAACUCUGAUAGCAAGCAGCCCGCGCUCGGGUUCCUCGAGUACGAGCGGAAUGCUUCCAAAGUCGCGUCAGUCGGCGCAGGUGCCGGGAUGGAAGCGAACAGCUCCGCGAAGGAAUGGACGGCCACUCGGAGGUUGCCUCAAGCUCUCAUCAUCGGGGUGAAGAAGGGAGGAACGAGAGCGCUCUUGGAGUUUCUGCGGCUCCAUCCUGACAUCCGAGCUCUUGGUUCCGAACCACACUUCUUUGACCGCCAUUACGCACGAGGAUUGGAGUGGUACAGGAGUAUGAUGCCCAAAGCACUGGAUGGCCAGAUCGUAAUGGAGAAGACGCCUCGCUACUUCGUUACCGUGGAAACACCACCACGAGUCCGCGCAAUGUCACAAGAUGUGAAGUUGAUCGUUGUUGUGCGGGACCCGGUGACUCGAGCGAUAUCAGAUUACACGCAGAUCAUCUCCAAGACCCCCAACAUCCCUCCUUUUGAAAUCCUUGCCUUCAAAAACCGUACCACAGGUCAGAUUGAUGCUCAGUGGAGCCCUCUAUGGAUUGGACUGUACGCCCAGCACUUGGAGCGAUGGCUGGCCUGGUUCCCCCGGAGUCAGGUGCAUCUGGUCAGCGGCGAAGGGCUCAUCUCUGAUCCAGCUGGGGAAGUUGGGAAAGUCCAGGACUUUUUAGGCCUCCAAAGGAUCGUCACAGACAAACACUUCUACUUCAACAAAACAAAAGGCUUCCCCUGCCUCAAGAAGCCGGAGGGGAGCAGUAAACCGCACUGCUUGGGGAAGACCAAAGGGAGGACGCAUGCCUCCAUUGACCCGGAGGUGAUGCAGAAACUGAGGGAUUUUUACAAGCCGCAUAACCAGCGUUUUUAUCAGAUGGCGGGGCAGGACUUCGGAUGGCAGUGA